GCCGCCGGGAGCCGCCGGGAGCCGCCGGGAGCCGCCGGAGCCGCCGCCCGCCAUGGAGCCCAACAGCCCCCGCAAGAUCCAGUUCACGGUGCCGCUGCUGGAGCCGCACCUCGACCCGGAGGCGGCCGAGCAGAUCCGGAGGCGCCGACCGACUCCUGCCAACCUGGUCCUGAGCAGCGACCAGUCAUCCCCAGAGAUCGAUGAAGACCGGCUGCCCAACCCACUGCUGAAGUCGGGUCUGGCCAUGUCGCCCCGGCAGAGGAAGAAGGUUUCCCGCACCACCCCGACCAUGAAAGAACUGCAGAUGAUGGUGGAGCAUCACCUGUGCAAGCAGGCGCAGGGUGAGGAGGAGGAGGAGGUAGCUGCCACCAGCCAGGAGCGUGGUCCUGGCCACUGCCACCACGGUGACACCGAGCACAGCCACAGCCCUGGCGGCACCUGCCCGCUGGCGAUGCACGAGGGUGGCCCUGGCCCCGGUGGCAAGCGGACCCAUGGGGAUGGGCGGCAAAGCCUGGCUGAGGAGGGCACCCAUAUAGCACCAAAGGAAGGCGCCAGCAAGGGCACUGCCAGCAGCCAGUAGGUGCCAGUGGCAGCAGGAGCGUGGCCGCGGCCAGGUCGAAGGAGCCAAACACCACGUUGUUUUUUUUUAUCCAAUCGUUUUCUAAGAUUUUGGCUGUUUUGGGGCUUCCAGAGGAUUUUUUUUUUUUUUUUUACUGCUGUGGGCAGGUCCCCGCCCCGGGCAGGGGCUCUGAGGAGAAUGGCGAGCCAGGCUGCCUGCCCUGUCCCCUCACCCCCCUACAAACAAGUCCCCAGGACAGGUGACACUGGGGACACCAAGCAGCACCCUCCCCAGCAUGGCUCAUGGCCGCCCCUCUCCCCCCC